AUGUCUCCAGAGAAUGGAGACUUGGGUGUGAAAUGGAACCAGUUCAGUUCCGGGGCUUUUGAGUUCCCCACAGCAGCAGAGUCUGAAGGGCUGCAGGUGCAGGCUGGGGGGGAAACCUUCAUCAUGGACUACGCUUACUCCAAACAAGCUGUACUGCUCCUGCAGAGAGGCAGGGGGCCCCCGGAGGCACCUGCACCUGUGCCGAAAUUUAGGAUCCCCAAGGGCAGACUUGGCCUGACUAGGGUAGGAGACUUGUCCUUACAGGAUCAGAAGGUCCCUGCCUUAGCCCUUAUCGAGCUGACCACGUUCUGUGACGUCCUGGGCUUGGACCUGAAAAAGAGCAAGGCCGGCAAACGGAAGGCGACAGAAACUUGCCUUUUCAGCGUGUCCCUCGACACCUUGCUGGAAGCCGACCGCAGAUCCCUCCCCAGCACCCAGGUCCCGCUGGUCCUUCAAGCGCUGCUGUCCUGUUUGGAAGAGAGAGGGCUGGACACAUCGGGCAUUCUCAGGGUGCCAGGGUCAAAGUUAUGGUGUCCCCAGGUCGUGCAGCAUGAUGUUCUGGGGAAGGCACUCCUGGAAUUCUUCCCAGUGGCCCGGGAGCCGAGCAACAAGAUGAUGUUGUGGAGUGUUUCCACGGAGAUGGCCCCUCAUCUCUUCCAGCGCCGAGGGGGGUCCCCCAAACUCCCCAGGGGCAGAGAGAAGCAGCUGGCAGAGGGGGCAGCUGAGAUGGUGCAGAUGAUAGUGCAAUACCAGGAUCUGCUCUGGACGCUCUGCGAUGGGGGACUCAAGACCUGGCUGCGAAGGAUGCACGCAGACAAGAACGAGGCGACGGACGGCCCCGAGUUGGUUAGUGAGCCCUGCACCACAGCCCCGCCCCCACAGGUGGAAGAAGAAAGGGGCAAGGGGUGGCGGGAGGGCACCUGGUGGCCGUGCCUUCGCAUCCUCUGCAUCAGCCGGGACUCACGACCAGGCUGCCAGGAACGGCGCUGCCGACUGUGGCCACCAGGGGGCGUCCCGGGCCCGUCGCAGCGAGAGAGGAGGCGGGGUCUUAGAAACGAGGGAGGGAACAGGGUGCUGGUGCAGGGGGAGGUCAGCCCCUCGGAGCUGAAGGCCAUUGAGGGGAGUUGUGCCUGCUGUUGA